GUGCAGCCGGCUAGAAUGCGAAUGCGUGGGCCUGCUUUCCACUUUGUUUAUCUGUUUCCCUAACAACGCACACCCACAAUGGCCAGCCGCUAAAUAGGUCAUCUAAAUUGGAGUGCAAUCCCGAUAGCCUGCUGCUAAUUGCUAAAAUUAUUUCAUUAUGUCUUUCAACGCACUCAGUUGCAGCGAGGUUGACCCGUUCGAGUGCUGUGUCCGUUUCAAGCCUCUGCGAGCCUUCCACGAGUGGAAAUUCGAGAAACGUCUCACCGAGGCUUUUGGCGAAGACCUGACCAAGCGGAGCGUUUUACAAGACAUCAGUGAUCACUAUUUCCAAUCCAACCAACUCAUGACCACGAUUACCGAGUCCAAGUCUCGCGCCUUCCUCGAGUCUGAACUGGCGACGAUUGUGCUCGCCGGCCUGCUGCAACUGGAACAAGUGAAACCGAAGAGUGCAGUCGAGUGGAUGGCCGACUGGCUGACGCUCCACGAGCCAGCAACCAGGACUCACAAUUAAAGUGCGUUCGACUGGUCUUGCAAUUAUACCCUCGCAAUUCCUGCUGGCCUUAUUAGAAAUUAUUAUCAUCGAGUAGUUGUAAAUAGCAAAUAAUCGCUUCUCGGGAAGAGGCAAUAAAUCGUGCGGAUUAAAAGAUUA